AUGAGUGGAGCCAUUCGCGAAGCAUGGAACGACCUUAGGGAUUCAUACUACCAGCAACACCCGGAGAUUGGCGUCGUGGUGUCCAAGCCACAAACAACAACUCAAGAUAAAGAUGCUGACAAUGCCACAACUACUACCUUUACUGGUAAUCCGUCAUCUUCCACUGGUAACGACAAGGUAAUGCCACCUACUGCUAUUAACGAUGAUGAAGUAGUGGGGACGAUCGACAACCUGGAGUUGCUCCAAUUUCUUGAUGGAGUGGAAGAUGGCGAUAAGUUUAAGCAGGAGGUGAAACGAGUGGCAAUGGAAUGGUACUGGCGUGGCUUUUAUCACGGCUUCGCCGAGGGAAAGUCGAAUCUGACUCAGUAA